CUCCCCUUUUCUCUUUUGUUUAAACACAAUGCUUUCAUCACGGAUUUCGUUUUUCCUGCUCUGCUUUUACAUACUUCAAUGCGUUCAAGCAAGAAAAGAUUGUGAUCCAAAAGAUCCAGAAUGUCGAGAAGAUAUAUACAGUAGUGCUUCCGCUAGCACAAGCACUUUCUCUAUAGAUGAGGCACUCAAGACUUUAAUUGAAGCGGCUUCUUAUGAAACCAUGUCUAAUUUUCAUGAAGCAAAAGUAGCUGAUUCUCGGCCCAAUUCACCUCCAAAGCCUGUACAUACAGAGCCCGCUAUUCAAGAUGACUAUAGCGGUGACAUGGAUUCAGGCUCUGAUGGAAUUACAGAAGACAAUACGGGUUUGAGUCGUGUAGAAACAGCAGUAUUAAGCACGUGUGGUGUCUUGGUAGUAGCAGGUAUUGCAGUGGGUCUCUUUGUCUGGAAAAACACAUCAACAAGGAAUAGUGCUAAUGGCAUGUCUGAUCUCGAGCAACAGUACGAUAGAGAGAAUGGUAUUGUCUCUAAAGAGCAAAAUUUACCGAGUGUAGAGAUGGUUCCAUGGAAGAAAUCAGUGGAACAAGAUCAUAGCUCAGUGAAGCCCAUUGUAAUUGAAGCAAUAACAGAACCAGCAGUCGAAACAGACGUGACAGAGGAUCAUGAACUUGUUUUAACAACGCAUCAUUUGCGUAAUUCGAUGUAUGGCCCUAUGUUUGGUGGUUCACCGGAACUAGAGACAAAUAUAGGCACAACAUCCUCAGCUACAGAUCCUGCGCAUGAUCCAACUGUCUUAACUUACCCAUUACAAAAAUUCCUCAAGACACCUACAAGUUGUCAAUCACCUGUGCAAAUCGCCGUCCAUUUAGAAAACAAUCAAGACGAAGAAGAAGACGAAGACGAACAAAACUCAUUUAAAGAAGAUAUCAUGUAUAAUAACAAAAAAGGCCCAUCAAGUCUAUCUGUACAAAAGUUAAGCCAUCAACUUGCAAGAAUGUUCAAAUCUUCAGAAGAUGCUAAAAAGAACCCUAUGCUCCCAUUCAAAAAAGAGAAACCACUCAAGAUAGAAACUAAUCAAGUCUUACAAACAUCCUAUGCAUCUUCUUUUGUAAGUCCAUUAGAUCUACCUGAAGAUCAAUAUAUUCCUAUGCAGGAUGCUAUAGGCUUACCUCUUGUGUCACGAGCAGAAGUACUCGCUGAUCCCUUGCGUCGUUUAGGGAAAGAUGAAAUUGCAUUAUGGGAAGAAAACUGUAGGAAAAAAGACAAUCAUGAACAAUAAACAUA